AUGGGUACAUAUGGGCUUACAGGCUCCCAAGGGGAAUACACAUUCUCAGCCUGUGCAACACCACAAGACGAGAGCGACAAUGUCGAUCUCAAGACAGAUAAGCUGUCUGUUGGCGUCAUGAUGCUUAAAGUUGGCGUCGACUUCACAAAUAUGCUUGGCGAUGCCACUUUUGACAACAUGAUUCCAAAGUACCUGGUGAACUUCACUACUCCCUACUGCCUGCAGAGUAUAAAUAUUGCCAUGCUUUUCUAUGACGAGAAGAAGAAGCAGUACGACGACGUUGGAAUCCAGCUGACCAGCGUAGAUUCGCGAGCGAUGUCGGCCGAUGUGACACACUUGACGACCUUUGGAGGUGGAUUCUUUGUCAUGCCUAAUGCUGUGGAUUUCACAUAUGUGUUUUCACAUGCUGGCUUUGACGAUAACAUCACCAUCUACAUGUUGCUUAUUGUCACCGGUGUCAUUUACCUGACCCUUCUCAUUUGGGCUCGUUGGCAGGAUGGUCUAGAUGUUGCACUGGUCAAAGAGCUGGAGGGCCACUUGCCUAAUGCUGUGGAUUUCACAUAUGUGUUUUCACAUGCUGGCUUUGACGAUAACAUCACCAUCUACAUGUUGCUUAUUGUCACCGGUGUCAUUUACCUGACCCUUCUCAUUUGGGCUCGUUGGCAGGAUGGUCUAGAUGUUGCACUGGUUGUGUCGGGACGUGCAGGUGGUUAUGUUGAGGUUUGA